AGGAGAACUUAGAUGGCAAUGGAUCGCAAUAUUUGGUACGGACCUAGAUAACGGUGGUGAGACCGGCGAUAGUGUUCGGGGUUCUCCGUGUAGGGGCACUGAUGGAAAAUCGCCCUUGUCAGAACUGCCAUACGGAGGAAUUCAUUGAAAAAUUCUCACAGACUGGUGUCAGCCCACGGAUCCCGAUGAGGGUAUGAACCGAUCGUUUUAUUUUUCCCCAACACAUCACCGACCUCGACCACGGAAUCGCCCUUUGGUGGAGUGACUAAUGCUUGCUUGGCCAGAUAUCGCGUCUAAUAGCGGAGCUUGUCGGAGGUGACGGUUAUAAUCGUGCAAUCAGGAUGUAUUAGGCGGUAGUAGUGAAGUCAGUUGCAGAGAGCAUCUACUAUAGGAAGGAUUACGCUGCGUCUUAAAAGCGUAGCCUACACGAGGAGCUGUAGCCCACUGUCCACUACCGGUGAAAGGGCAGUGUUGCUAGUUUUGGCUAUUCAUUGAUACUGCCUUCUUUUUUUUAAAUUAUCUUUUAAAUUAAUAUUCGAUUACCUGUGUGUAACCUACGAGUUGUCAACCGUUAAAUCAAUUCUCAACAUUAUUGGAAUAGCAACAGUGAUUCAGCAGGCUAUGUGUUACUUCAAGGUGGACAACAUUUACUAACGUCUAACGUCAAUACUGAACAAAAUGUCAAAUGAGGCGUUGCACUGACGAACCCACGCCGACCUCAAAGGGGAUUUUACGGACACCUAAGGAUAUCGCUCGGUCAUCAUCUGUCGGCCAAGGGAGCUUCCGCUAGGAGAGGAAUUCCCUCCUCGUCAAGCCUACACUGCCGCUGUCCGGUCCUACCCAGAGCUGAUGGACUACGCCGAGCACUGGUCGGCGGAAGUCUCUCUAUGUCGUUGCAGCAACUGAGCCGUGGGAUAGCUAAGUAGAAAGGGGAAAAAAUACCGUUUGCUUGUCACGCGUAAAAAGCAUGACGGACAAGACUGCUCCUCGCUGCCAGCUACGCUUGGAAUGGAUCCACGGCUACCGGGGGCACCAGUGCCGCAACAACCUGUACUACACGGCGGGCAAGGAGAUAGUGUACUUCGUGGCUGGUGUCGGUGUGGUCUACAACACCAGGGAGCACACGCAGAAGUUUUAUUUGGGACACAACGAUGACAUAAUCAGCUUGGCUCUGCACCCAGACAAGAUCCAGGUGGCGACGGGGCAGGUGGGGAAGGACCCGUACAUCUGCGUGUGGGACGCGUACGCGCUGCAGACCGUCUCCAUCCUCAGGGAUGCCCACACGCACGGCGUGGCCUGCCUGGCCUUCGACGCCGAUGGACAGAGGUUAGCAUCUGUGGGUCUGGACGCCAAAAACACGGUGUGUGUGUGGGACUGGAAGAGAGGCAGGGUAUUGGCCACUGCAACUGGGCACUCUGAUAGGAUAUUUGAUAUUGCCUGGGACCCCUUCGUCCCCCACAGAAUGGUCAGCUGUGGAGUGAAGCAUAUCAAAUUCUGGACGUUGUGUGGUAACGCACUGACCCCCAAGCGGGGGAUCUUCGGCAAGACGGGUGACCUGCAGACCAUCCUAUGCGUGGCCACCGCCAAAGAGGAGGUGACCUACUCCGGCGCGCUCAACGGAGACAUCUACGUGUGGAAGGGCCUGAACCUGGCCCGCACCAUUCAAGCUGCACACAGCGCGGGGAUCUUCAGCAUGCAUGCGUGCGAGGAGGGCUUUGCCACAGGAGGCAGGGACGGCUGUAUCAGACUCUGGGACGCGGACUUCAAGCCCAUCACCAAGAUCGACCUCAGAGAGACGGAGCAGGGUUACAAAGGCCUCUCAAUCCGUAGUGUGUGCUGGAAAGCAGACCGUAUCCGCGGCACGCAGGACAGCGAGAUCUUCGAGGUGAUGGUGCGUGACCGGGACAAGCCGCUGCUCCUCAUGCAGGGCCACAGCGAGGGCGAGCUCUGGGCGCUGGACAUACACCCCAAGCAGCCGCUGGCCGUCACCGGGAGCGACGACCGCUCCGUCAGGCUGUGGAGCCUGGCAGACCAUACUCUAAUCGCCCGCUGCAACAUGGAGGAAGCCGUGCGCAGCGUCUCCUUCAACAACGACGGCUCACAGCUCGCUCUGGGCAUGAAGGAUGGCUCCUUCACUGUACUGCGCGUCAGGGACAUGACGGAGGUAGUCCACAUCAAAGACCGCAAGGAGGUCAUCCACGAGCUGAAGUUCUCGCCGGACGGCUCAUAUUUGGCGGUGGGCUCCAACGACGGCCUGGUGGACAUCUACGCCGUGGCGCAGCGCUACAAGAAAGUGGGCGAGUGCAACCGCUCGUCCUGCUUCAUCACGCACCUGGACUGGUCAGUGGACAGCCGCUUCCUACAGACCAACGACGGCGCCGGGGAGCGGCUCUUCUACAGGAUGCCAGCUGGGAAGUACCUGCCCAAAGAGGAGGCCAAAGGCAUUCACUGGAUGACCUGGACAUGCGUCCUCGGCCCGGAGGUCAACGGCAUCUGGCCAAAGUACUCCACCGUCAACGACAUCAACUCGGUGGACGCCAACUACAGCAGCGCCGUGCUGGUCACCGGGGAUGACUUCGGCCUGGUCAAGCUCUUCAGAUUCCCCUGCCUUAAGAAAGCGGCCAAAUUCAAGAAGUACAUCGGACACUCUGCCCAUGUGACCAAUGUGCGCUGGUCACAUGACCUGCAGUGGGUGGUGAGCACUGGCGGGGCGGACCACUCUGUGUUCCAGUGGCGCUUCCUCCCGGAGGGCGUCAUGAACGGGGUCUUGGAACCCCUCCUGCAAGAGGGUUACGCUGACUCCAACAGCGGUGAAUCCGAUUCAGAUCUCUCAGACGUUCCUGAGCUUGACUCGGACAUUGAGCAGGAAGCGCAGAUGAACUACGAGCGGCAGGUCUAUAAGGAGGACCUGCCUCAGCUGCGUAAGAAGCUGGUGGGCUCUCUGAAGCGCCAGAAGGCCCCAGAUGAGGGAUUACGCUUGCAGUUUGUUCACGGGUACCGCGGCUGUGACUGCAGGAAUAACCUGUUCUACACACAGGCUGGGGAGGUGGUGUACCAUGUGGCGGCAGUGGCCGUGGUUUACAACCGCCAGCAGCACACGCAGCGCUUCUACCUGGGUCACGACGAUGACAUCCUCAGCCUCACCGUGCACCCACUCAAGGACUACGUGGCCACUGGACAGGUGGGCCGCGACCCAGCCGUCCACGUGUGGGACAUCCAGACACUCAAGUGCUUGUCGCUCUUAAGGGGGCAACACCAGAGGGGAGUCUGUGCACUGGAGUUCACAGCGGACGGUAGGAGUCUGGUGUCCGUGGGGAUCGACGAGGGCCACAGCAUAGUGAUCUGGGACUGGAGGAAGGGAGAGAAGCUCGCUAAGGCCAGAGGACACAAGGACAAGAUCUUCGUGGUGAAAGGGAACCCCUUCCGCAUGGACAAGCUUGUCACUGUGGGGAUGAAGCACAUCAAGUUCUGGCAGCACACAGGCGGAGGUCUGACAUUCAAGCGGGGCAUCUUCGGAGGCCUGGGGAAACAGGAGACCAUGAUGUCGGUGUGCUACGGCCGGGCGGAGGACCUGGUCUUCUCCGGCGCCACCACGGGAGACGUGUUCGUGUGGAAGGACACCACACUCGUCAAGACCAUCAAGGCUCACGAUGGGCCUGUGUUCGCCACGUGCUCCCUGGACAAGGGCUUUGUGACGGGCGGUAAGGAUGGGGUGGUGGAGCUGUGGGACGACAUGUUUGAGAGGUGCCUGAAAAGCUACGCCAUCAAGAGGGCCGCACUCUCCCCCAACUCUAAAGGGCUUCUUCUAGAGGACAACCCCUCCAUCCGGGCCAUCACGCUGGGCCACGGACACAUUCUGGUGGGAACCAAGAACGGAGAGAUCCUGGAGAUCGACAAGAGCGGCCCCAUGACCUUACUGGUGCAGGGUCAUAUGGAAGGAGAGGUGUGGGGUCUGGCCGCUCACCCCAUGCUGCCCAUCUGUGCCACCGUCAGCGACGACAAGACGCUCCGCAUCUGGGAGCUCUCAGCCAAUCACCGCAUGGUGGCCGUCCGCAAGCUCAAGAAAGGUGGUCGGUGCUGUGCCUUCUCCCCCGAUGGGAAAGCCUUAGCCGUGGGCAUGAACGACGGGAGCUUCCUGGUGGUCAACGCCGACACGCUGGAGGACAUGGUGACCUUUCACCACAGGAAGGAGAUCAUAUCGGACCUGCGCUUCUCGCAGGAUGCUGGCAAGUACUUGGCAGUGGCCUCCCACGACACGUUCAUAGACAUCUACAACGUGCUGACGAGCAAGCGCGUGGGAAUCUGCAAAGGAGCCUCCAGCUACAUCACCCACAUAGACUGGGACUCGCGCGGAAAGCUACUGCAGGUGAACACUGGGGCCAAAGAGCAGCUGUUCUUCGAGGCACCUCGAGGUCGGAGACAGACCAUCAACACCACUGAGUUUGAGAAGGUGGAGUGGGCCAGCUGGACAUCGGUGCUAGGCCCCACCUGCGAGGGCAUCUGGCCAACGCUGAGUUUCGUCAACGCCUCGUCGCUCACCAAAGACAAGAAGUUGCUGGCCACCGGAGACGACUUUGGCUUCCUCAAGCUCUUCAGCUUCCCCUGCAAGGGUCAGUUUGGCAAGUUCAAGCGCUACGUGGGCCACAGUGCCAACGUCACCAAUGUCCGCUGGUCCCAUGACGACACCAUGCUGCUGUCGGUGGGCGGGGCCGACACGGCGCUGAUGAUCUGGGCGCGCGAGGCAGGGGUGGCGCGCGAGAACAAAGCCGUGGACAGCGAGGAGUCCGACGACGAUGCGGAUGACGACGGAGGUUACGACAGCGACGUGGCCAGAGAGAGGACCACUGACUACACCACCAAGGUGUACGCGGUCAGCAUCCGCGAGAUGAGCGGCACCAAACCCCACCUGCAGCAGAAGGAGGUGCUGGUGGAUGAGAGACCACCGGUGAGCAGAGCUGCCCCUAUGCCAGACAAACUACUCAAGAACAACGUCACCAAGAAGAAGAAGCUGGUAGAGGUAGGAACACAAACCUUCUAUCUGGAGCACACUGACGAUAUCCUGUGUCUCACGGUCAAUCAACAUCCGAAAUACCAAAACAUCAUCGCCACUGGACAAAUAGGAGAUGUGAAUGACCUGCCAGGCAUGGCUCCCUCCAUCCACGUGUGGGACGCCAUGAGCAAGCAGACGCUGUCGGUGCUGCGCUGCUCCCACUCCAAGGGUGUGGGCUACGUCAACUUCAGCGCCACUGGGAAGCUGCUGCUCUCCGUGGGCGUUGAGCCGGAACAUUCCAUCACCGUGUGGCGCUGGCAGGAAGGCACAAAGGUGAGCAGUAAAGGGGGCCACACAGACCGCAUCUUCGUGGCCGAGUUCCGUCCUGACUCGGACACCCAGUUUGUGUCGGUGGGUGUCAAACACAUCAAGUUCUGGACGCUGGUGGGCGGCUCGCUCAUGUACAAGAAGGGCGUGAUCGGGACAGUGGAGGAUGGACGCAUGCAGACCAUGCUCUCUGUGGCCUUUGGGGCUAACAACCUGACCUUUACGGGUGCCAUCAAUGGUGACGUGUACGUGUGGCGUGAGCACUUCCUGGUGCGGGUGGUGGCUAAGGCGCACACGGGGCCGGUGUUCACCAUGUACACCACACUCAGAGACGGCCUCAUCGUCACCGGGGGCAAGGAGCGGCCCACUAAAGAGGGUGGGGCAGUCAAGCUGUGGGAUCAGGAGAUGAAGAGGUGCCGAGCAUUCCAGCUAGAGACGGGUCUACCAGUGGAGAAUGUUCGCUCCGUCUGCCGUGGAAAAGGCAAGAUCCUGGUGGGCACCAAGGACGGCGAGAUCAUCGAGGUGGGCGAGAAGAAUGCCGCGUCCAACACCAUGAUCAACGGGCACACGCAGGGACGCAUCUGGGGCCUGGCCACGCACCCCACCAAAGACGUGUUCAUCUCGGCCAGCGACGACGGCUCCAUCCGCAUGUGGGACCUGGGGGACAAGAAACUUCUGAACAAGGUGAGCCUGGGCCACCCGGCCAAGUGCACGGCCUACAGCCCCAGCGGGGAGAUGGUCGCCAUCGGCAUGGAGAACGGAGAGUUCAUCAUGCUGCUGGUGAACUCGCUCACCGUCUGGGGCAAGAAGAGGGACCGCAGCAUCGCCAUCCAGGACAUCAGGUUCAGCCCUGAUAGCCGGCUGCUGGCGGUGGGCUCGGUGGAGAGCGCCGUGGACUUCUACGACCUCACGCUGGGGCCCUCGCUCAACCGCAUCGGCUACUGCAAGGACAUCCCCGGCUUCGUCAUCCAGCUGGACUUCUCCGCAGACAGCAAGUUUAUUGGGGUUUCCACGGGAAUGUACAAGAGGCAGGUCCAUGAGGUUCCGAACGGGAAGGUGGUAUCAGAGCAGGCCGUCAUCGAUAGAAUCACCUGGGCCACAUGGACAAGUGUCCUGGGCGAUGAGGUGGUGGGAGUGUGGCCACGGAAUGCUGAGAAGGCCGACGUCGUCUGCGCCUCUGUCUCGCACGCCGGCCUCAACAUCGCGACAGGAGACGACUUCGGCCUCGUCAAGCUCUUCGACUUCCCAUGCACAGAAAAAUUUGCCAAACACAAGCGCUACCUCGGUCACUCUGCGCAUGUCACCAACAUCCGUUUCUCUGCCGACGACAAGUACGUCAUCAGUGUAGGAGGUAGCGACUGCAGUGUGUUUGUCUGGAAAUGCCUGUAACGCGGAGAGUCCUGACAGAGCCCGGUGAUUUGAAGAUGGGAGUGUGUCUCACUGCCUCUGCGAUGCUGCUGCUGCUGCUGCAAUCCUUGACCUGAGAUGCUGCAUUCACCUCAACCACACCUACUACAGUCUACCAUACCUACUACGCUCAACCACACCUACUACACUCAACCAUACCUACUACGGUCAACCACACCUACUACACACAACCAUACCUACUACGGUCAACCACACAUACUACGGUCAACCCCACGUUAUACCGGUAGUCCACCACACCUACUACAGUUUACCACACUCAACCACACCUACUACACUCAACCACACCUACUACAGUUUACCACACUCAACCACACCUACUACAGUCAACUACACCUACUACAGUCUACCACAAGUUAUAGUCCACCACACCUACUACAGUCAACUACACCUACUACAUUCUACCACACCUACUACACUCAACCUCACCUACUAAAGUCAACCACACCUACUACAGUUUACCACACUCAACCACACCUACUACAGUCAACUACACCUACUACAGUCUACCACACGUUAUAGUCCACCACACCUACUACAGUCAACUACACCUACUACAUUCUACCACACCUACUACACUCAACCUCACCUACUAAAGUCAGCUAUACCUAGUACAGUUCCCCACACCUACUACAGUCUGCCACACCUACUACUACACAUUUGCAAUUCUCCUCAAUUACACCUACAGGAGACCGUUAUGAAGCAUUUGCAUUUCAUCUCAACUACACCUAUAGGACACCUAAAGGAUGCACUUGCAUAUCUCUAUUCACUCACAACGAGUGCAGUCUAGAACCUUUGGUGGUUCAUUGGCUUGUUUGCCUGGAAAACAUUCACAGGUUCUACACAGAACAUUCUGAUGGACUCCACAGGGUUCUUUGUAGAGGCCUUUGAAGGGUUCGACAGAACCCUUGUCAGCCCUUACGAAACCUUUUUUCCAGCAAAGGGUACUUUAUAUGCAAAGGGUUCUCUUUGUGACCUCUAGCUUUUUGACGAACCAAUGCUGAAUCUUAACUAAGGGAGUACUCUACGGAGUGCGGAAUCUGCCGGUAUCUGAUACCUCUUGCUUGAUACCUUGAAAGCUUGUACUCUGCCAGUCAAAAUUCAUAUCUGUACAGAUAGAUUAUGAACACAUAAAGUUGUAUAUGACAGCUUCAGGUUCCUGGAGAUUAACAGAUGUGGAAACACAUGAAGAGUUUGUGGGAACGACCUGAAUUCAGAGUUGUAUUUCACAGGUGGUAAGACUACAAGAGAGAGAGAGAGGUCAGCUUGUUUAAUGCAAACAAAAUAAACCUCUUCAGAGAUUUUCAAGACGUUAUGCUUCUAAUAAUAGCUCCUAGCUAAGAAUCUAUCUGAUUUUACAGCCUAAUGUUCAAAUACUGGAAGACGAACCAGGUGAAACAGGAGCCAGAAAUAAGACCAUUACAAUAUGCGAGAAAAUCAACAGACCCGAAUGAACUAGAAAAAUCUGCAUCUGGUUAAAUGAAGAAUGAUUAACUAGUAAGGCUUCCUUGGUUAGAUCAAGGCAGUUUCUAUAAAAGUUUAGCAUCUGAGAAAGUUUGUUUAUUAUCUUUCCUACUUGUUCAUGUUAUGGUAGAUGGCGUUCUUGCCAUUCCAUGAAGUGCAAUGUUUACUUUCUCAUGUACGUGUUUAAAAAGUGGCAAAAGAACCACUAUGAUGCCAAGAUGUAUUUGGGUGGGCUUUGGAAUGCAAAAGGGAUCAUCAUAUUUUAUUUAUUUAUUUUUUUGCUUCUAUAUGUGAAGUGCCUUAUAAGCAUCACCAAUGGUAACCACGACAGCGACUUUGUUUCUUUUUCUAAUUCUCCUCCAUGGUGCUACUCAAGAUAAAAGAGUCUAGGGCUUAACUGACGAGUACUUUAUUUAAGUUAUAUGCAAGGAUUAAGAGAAGUAAUUUAUUGACUUGUACAUAAAAUAUCAAACACAUUAUUGCCCUGUUAUUACCACGACCACCUCAUUCACCUGUCCAAAUAUGAAAAGGAGUCUCAGGUGCCGCAAGUGGCAGAAGUACUGUAACUUUACCGUUUGUAGAGGUGUUUUAAAUGUGUUAUAUUUUUGUUAAAAUUACCUCUUUAUUUUUAAAUGUACGUAUGUGUAUGUAUGUAUGAAUUAACCAUUUUUGUGAGGGUUUUGUCUUAAAUGGAAGGCAUGCAGACUUCGCAACAAACCUACUCUGGUGUUUCAAAAUAUACAAAUCUGCUCCUUCUCUGAGCAGAUGAGCUAACUCUAUAUUAGUCUAUAUUUUAAUGUUGAUAGCCAAUUAUGUAUGACUGCAAAUGUUGUUGAGUGUGUAGUUGCUUUUUUUGUAACAUGUCUAGAUAGUCACAUAGCUUAAUUAAAUUGUGAGAGGACAGGAAAACAUUUUUUUUGCAUGAAUAUGCUGUAACACAUUCCAAAUCUGUACUUAAAGUCUAUAAGGGAUACUGUAUUUUACACUUCAAGACGGGAAAGUAUGUGUAUUAAAGGGUAA